UCUUUGUUUUGGCUUCAUCCUCCUGCAGACGCCGUGUGUGUUUGUCUGUGGAGGAGAGUCCAGCACCGGUUCCUCCUCGGCUGCGUGAGGAGAAGAGGACCACACAUUGUUGACUGGCUUUACGUUGCGCGCUGUGGCUCUCUCGUCAUUGGAGCGCCGCACUUGAUGGGAAUAUAGACGCACUGAUCCGAGGACUAUGACGGUUAAAUCGGGUAGGAAUGGGCUGGGCUGUGGACCCUGGAAGCUAGUAACGACAAUCAAUGAGGACACGCAUCUUUAAGGACAGAGAAGAGUCUACAUGGAUAUCUAUAACUGUGCUCAACGUAGGUCCUUUGAGGUAUAAUAUUAGUGAAUCCUUUUAGUUCCACCCCACCCACCUUCUCGGGUCUGCCUGGCUGCAGUAUUGGCCCUGAACCCUGACACCAGAAGGCAACAUUGAGUGAUUGGUCAUUACAUCCAAGGGCGUCUACACAGCAAGACAAAAAUAAUAUCUUUGGAACUGCGCUGCAGCUUGUGGUCGGGGUGGUGAACGGGGCGGUGAGUCAAUCGCCUCAAAAGCUGCAGCAAAUGAUUCAUUAUUUGUCAAGUUAACAGCUCAGACCACUUAAUCUACAAGGACCCAUUUCUAACUGGAGAGAACGGGUCCAAUAUGAAGGACGUGUCAUUCGUGGAUCGUCUCUUUGUCGGCUUGGCCAUUGCCUCUUUUGUUGUGGCCACUGAGGAGAGGCCCGACUGCCCAAAACUCUGUGUAUGUGAGAUCAGACCCUGGUUUUCUCCCAGUUCCGUGUACAUGGAGGCACAGACAGUUGACUGUAAUGACUUGGGACUCUUUAGCCUGCCGGAAAAAUUACCAGUGGGCACACAGGUACUAUUACUGCAAACAAACAAUGUUGCCAAGAUUGAAAACCCGUUGGAUUACCUGGCAAACAUAACGGAGAUUGAUUUAUCACAAAACAACUUAUCCUCUAUCAGCGACGUCCAUCUGGGGAACCUUCCUCAGCUUGUAUCUCUUCAUAUGGAGGAAAACUGGAUACGCAUGUUGCCAGAACAAUGUCUGGCAGAGUUGGGUAACCUGCAGGAGCUCUACAUGAAUCACAACCUCAUAUCCUACAUUUCUCCACUGGCUUUCCAGGGUCUCAGCAACCUUGUAAGGCUCCACCUCAAUUCUAACAAACUGGUGGUCAUUAAGAGAGAGUGGUUCGAACCCAUGCCAAAUCUUGAGAUUCUGAUGAUCGGUGAGAAUCCAGUUCUUUCUAUCGAUGACAUGAACUUCAAACCUCUCAGUAACCUCCGCAGUCUUGUUCUCACCAGAAUGAACUUGUCUCAGCUUCCUGACGAUGCACUGGCUGGUCUUGAUAACGUUGAGAGCAUUUCGUUCUAUGAUAACAUUUUCCCCGAGGUGCCUCAUUCAGCCUUGAAAAAUGUCAAAAAUCUAAAGUUUUUGGAUCUAAAUAAAAACCCCAUUGCAAGGAUACAGAGAGGGGACUUUGUGGAUAUGCUUCAUCUUAAAGAACUGGGGAUCAAUAGCAUGCCGGAGCUAGUUUCUAUUGACAGCUUUGCCCUCAAUAACCUCCCUGAGCUCACUAAAAUAGAGGCCACCAACAAUCCUAAACUCUCCUACAUCCAUCCUAAUGCUUUCUACAAACUACCACGGCUGGAAACCCUAAUGCUAAAUGGCAAUGCACUCAGUGCCCUGCACAGGAUAACCGUUGAGUCACUCCCAAAUCUCAGAGAAGUUAGUAUGCACAGCAACCCUAUCCGUUGUGACUGCGUAGUCCGCUGGAUGAACAUGAACAAGACCAACAUUCGCUUCAUGGAGCCUGAUUCACUCUACUGUGUGGAGCCUCCAGAGUACGAGGGGCAGCAUGUCCGACAGGUGCACUUCAGGGAGAUGAUGGAGAUUUGUCUGCCACUCAUCUCUCCCGAAAGCAUGCCUGGGCAUAUCAAAGCAAAGAACGGGAGCUCAGUGUCACUCCAUUGUCGGGCAUUUGCUGAACCUGAACCGGACAUCUAUUGGAUCACCCCAUCUGGUGCCAGGGUUCUGCCCAACACUGCCUCUGAGAAGUUCUACAUGCACCCAGAGGGAACCUUUGACAUCUAUGACAUAACAGAGAACGAGGCUGGUCUUUACACUUGUGUUGCCCAUAAUCUGGUUGGAGCUGAUCUUAAAUCGGUUUCAGUAGAGGUAAAUGGAUACUUUCCCCGAUCUAUAAAUGGUUCUCUCAAUGUUGUAGUGAAAUCCGUGGAGACCAACUCCAUCCUGGUUUCCUGGAAGGCUGGACCUGGCACCCUUGCUCCCAACAUUAAAUGGUACACUGUGUCAGAAGCCAACCAUCCUACUAUAGCGUUUACCACCAGAGUUCCCUCUGAUGUCCAGGUCUACAACCUCACCCAUCUCAACCCCGCCACUCACUACAAAGUAUGUGUGGAUGUGCGCAGCAUCCACUACAACCAUGACACCAAAUGUGUCAAUGUCACCACUAAAGGAAUAGAGCUGGCAGCCCGGGAUACGGAAAAAUGGGAUGCAGCAGUAAUUACUGUCUUUGGUGUGCUCUUGGCCGUGAUUUCAGUGGCCUGCCUGCUUAUUUAUGUCUCUCUGAGGAACCAUCACCUUUAUGGGGAUAUAAGGAAAUGCGACUCCAAAGCUCCGCUGAAACCAGUGGAAGCUACCGGUAUGCACUCUCCUUUCUUUACAAAGCUGUGGGUUUCAGGUAAGGGACUGCCAAGUGGAGUGGAAGUGAAAGCCACAGUCAUAAACGUAUCUGACAAUGCCUUUUAAGAAGAGCGGCUUUGUAGAGCACCACACACCAACUACACUGAAUGGACGAUAGGACAGGGGUGGACAAAUCUGUUGUACUGUUUCAAAGGCAAACUCAUUGCUGGUCCCCAGCUCAGAUACAAUGGCAAAACUAUUAAUGGACUGGGAUGGAACGGUUUAAAAUAGACUACAUGCUCUCCCAGUUUCAACCCUAGCUGAAGAAGUGGCUUUGCAACUGAUGCAUUACACCAAGCUCACAUCAACAGGAAGGUGCAUUUACUGCAAAAAUAUAUAUUUCGUUACCAUUCAUACAGGAAAUGAAGGCAGGAAAA